GAAAGAAAAAACAAAAAACAAGAAAGAAAGUUCUGAGCGUUGUUCCUUUUUCUUCUGCCAACAAAGCACGCAUCGAAGUGAGCGUGUGAGCCUCUUAAUGGCCGAGCAGGCGGCGUCUGAUGUGUACGCGCCGCGGAGCUCAGUGCAGCAGCUAUGGCGGGCGGUGGCGAACUGGUUCGGCUUCUUCUUCGAGAUUCUUCUUCAGAUCCUCAGAGGCACUCCCUCUUGUCUCCCUCACCUCCUUUCCUUCCUUGGUCUUACCCAUCAAAAUCAUCGCCUUCUUUCUUCUUCUUCUUCUUCUUCUUGUUCGUUUAAGCCUGUGUCCGCCUCCGAGCUCUCUCUCAAUGAUUCCGACUCUUCCGUCGAAGAUGGAGUCGCCGGCGACAGUGAUCCUGGUGAGAAGCUCACGGUGGUUCUUGACUUGGAUGAGACACUUGUAUGUGCUUAUGAGACAUCUAGCUUGCCUGCCAUUGUUAAAAUUCAAGCUACGGAAGCUGGGUUGAAGUGGUUUGAGUUAGAAUGUGUGUCUUCGGACAAGGAAUGUGAUGGUAAACCAAAGAUAAGUUAUGUGACUGUGUUUGAACGACCUGGUUUGCAAGAGUUUUUGAAACAGAUCGGUGAAUUUGCUGUGCUCGUCCUAUUUACUGCUGGUCUUGAAGGCUAUGCUAGACCACUUGUUGACAGGAUAGAUGCGGAGAACCGAUUCAGCCUUCGUCUUUAUCGUCCUUCUACAGUUAGCACGGAAUAUCGAGAACAUGUGAAGGACCUGUCUAAUUUAUCAAAGGAUUUGUCUCGAGUUGUAAUCGUCGACAACAAUCCAUUUAGUUUCUUGUUACAACCCUCAAAUGGUAUACCAUGUAUUCCAUUCUCCGCUGGACAACCAUAUGAUGAUCAGCUUUUGGAAGUCCUGCUUCCACUCCUUAAACAUCUCUCCAAGCAAAAAGAUGUCAGGCCUGUGCUUUGUGAUAGAUUCCGCAUGCCAGAAUGGUUUCAAAUGCAUGGAAUUCCUGUAUUUGGUUCGCCAAUGUGAUGUUAACCAAGUUUCAAAACAGCUGGUUCUUCUCAGGCAGGUGCCUCUGGUUCUAUAUUAAGAGUUUGCGCAGAGGGUACUAUAUGUUCUUUUGAGAUUUCCUCUGGGAGAAAAAGCUUCCAGGGAGAUUCUUAACAAACCACGAAAUUUGUCAUGAAUGAGCUCAACUCUGAUUUUUUGCCCUGGCUGUAAGGAUUAAAUUGUAAGGUUUGCGAAAUAGUUAUGAAUCAAUCUUCAUGUACUCUGAAAGUGAGAUGUUUGCUUCUGAGUCUUCUCGUUGUUAUGUGAAAUCCUUCCGCUCUGAUUAGUUUUCUUCUGCCUUUUCAAACAGAAAGGUACAAGUUACAACCACAGUACGGACUUAAUAAUGGCAUUACUGAGAGGUGAUUUGUUAUGCAAGACUCUUUAGUUUCUCUUGGAUAUAUUUGCUAUGCUACAUUUAUUCA